GACUGAGAGUCAGUCAAGGCGUCUAAGAGAGAGCGUUCUUCCGUGGAAUCUAGACAGACACCGACAGCAGCACGGUACCUCCUCUAGUCCCCCCCCCUUCUUUCUCCUACAGAAAGAGGAUUUCAUACCAAGAAAGACCACAGCGCGGCCAAGAUGAAGCCCUUUAGCCUCGUCGCCCUGGCGACUGCCGUGAGCGGCCAUGCCAUCUUCCAGCGGGUGUCGGUCAACGGGCAGGACCAGGGCCAGCUCAAGGGGGUGCGGGCGCCGUCGAGCAACUCCCCGAUCCAGAACGUCAACGAUGCCAACAUGGCCUGCAACGCCAACAUUGUGUACCACGACAACACCAUCAUCAAGGUGCCCGCGGGAGCCCGCGUCGGCGCGUGGUGGCAGCACGUCAUCGGCGGGCCGCAGGGCGCCAACGACCCGGACAACCCGAUCGCCGCCUCCCACAAGGGCCCCAUCCAGGUCUACCUGGCCAAGGUGGACAACGCGGCGACGGCGUCGCCGUCGGGCCUCAAGUGGUUCAAGGUGGCCGAGCGCGGCCUGAACAACGGCGUGUGGGCCGUCGACGAGCUCAUCGCCAACAACGGCUGGCACUACUUCGACCUGCCGUCGUGCGUGGCCCCCGGCCAGUACCUGAUGCGCGUCGAGCUGCUCGCCCUGCACAGCGCCUCGAGCCCCGGCGGCGCCCAGUUCUACAUGGGCUGUGCACAGAUCGAAGUCACUGGCUCCGGCACCAACUCGGGCUCCGACUUUGUCUCGUUCCCCGGCGCCUACUCGGCCAACGACCCGGGCAUCUUGCUGAGCAUCUACGACAGCUCGGGCAAGCCCAACAAUGGCGGGCGCUCGUACCCGAUCCCCGGCCCGCGCCCCAUCUCCUGCUCCGGCAGCGGCGGCGGCGGCAACAACGGCGGCGACGGCGGCGACGACAACAACGGUGGUGGCAACAACAACGGCGGCGGCAGCGUCCCCCUGUACGGGCAGUGCGGCGGCAUCGGCUACACGGGCCCGACCACCUGUGCCCAGGGAACUUGCAAGGUGUCGAACGAAUACUACAGCCAGUGCCUCCCCUAGAGCUCCCCAAGAAGAAACAGGGAGGUGGCGGGCAUUCGAGAAGGAUGGAUUAGGGGGCGGAUGAUUCUGGCGCGUGCCGACUUCGUUUGUAUAGAGUCGACCUUGUAGAGUUGACCUUGUUUUGCUUCUUCUCGACUUCGUGUCGGCGCGGUUAGCUCGCGUCCCGUCGCGAAAUCGAAGUCCAGUACAUGCAAACAUGCAUACCUCGUGAUAACGUUC